GAAAGAAAAUAAACGUUAUCAGAAAACCAAGCAAUCUAAUUUCACCAAAGCUGUCAUUUCUUGUAAGAUUCGCUUCAAGCCGCCAGCAUGAAUUCGUUCAAACGAGCCAAGACCACGGAAUCCGGCGACAUGAUCUACACGGAAUACAAGGGGAAAAAAUACGCCGUUCCAAGAUCUGAGUAUAAGAAGCCCCUUCCAACCAUUCCGGGACAACCUUCACUGGCCACCACAUCGAGCAACCUCACCGGCGAUUCCCAACCCAUUUCGAGCACCAGCUCGGCAAACCCCAUACCAACGACGGACUCCUUCUCCCUCGAUGCCCUCACCGAGAGUCGACAAACGCUGCAGCCCGGACCGACUUCCUCCUCCACUCGAACCAUCACUUCGAGCAAGGGCGAACCGCCGGCCGCAAUCGCCGACUCACUGCUCCAACUCAAGUCGAGCGUGGUCGACCUGAUCGACAAGACCAUCUCGGACAUCGAGACGAAGCAGCAGCAGCAGCAGCAGGAGAAGGAGCAGCCGGCCGCCGCCGCUUUUCUGCACCCGGGCGGGGACAGCAAUGGCGCCAAGGUGGCGUUGCAUCGGAUGCAAAAUUUGCAAGUUUUAAAGACGGAAUCGUUUGCGCAGAGCAAGCGCGACGUGCGCAAGAAGCUGUACCGGGAGAUUGAGACCAUCCUGGUGCGGCUGAAGGAUAUGGACUUUUUGGAGUAGGAGUUUUGCGCGGUGGCUGUGUUUAUAUUUUGUAACGAACUCAUUAAACUGGUUUACAUUG